AUGAAUCCUGAGUCAAGACAGACUUUGUACAAAUGGAGGAAAUUCAAGAUCAUUGUAAUAGUCCAUGAGGAACCCAGAGUAACUUCUAAGCAACUAAAGGCCUCUCUCAAGUUGGCUAAUAUUAAUGUUCAUGAGUCCACCAUCAGGACAACACUGAAUAACUAUGGUGUGCAUGGCAGAGUUGCAACGAGAAAGCCACUGCUCUCCAAAAAGAACUUUGCCGCCUGUCUGCAGUUUGCUAAAGAUCAUGUGGACAAUGUGAAGUGGGAAAAAUCAAAGCGACCUUGCAACUGCACAAAAUCUCAGUGUCUGAAACUUUAUUGUGAAUGUUUUACGAACGGAGAUGUCUGCAACAACUGCAAAUGCUUAAACUGCUACAAUAAUACUGAACAUAACUUGGAGAGAUUCCAGGCUAUAAAGGCCUGUCUGGACAGGAAUCCAGGGGCUUUUCGGCCUAAGAUUGGCAGUAGGAAACAGGGGAAUGUGAAGGGAUGUCACACAAAAGGCUGCAACUGCAAGCGUUCAGGUUGCCUGCAGAACUACUGCGAGUGUUAUGAGGCCAAAAUCAUGUGCACGUCCACCUGUAAGUGUGUGGGCUGCCGAAACUAUGAGGAAAGCCCUUCGAAGAAGAGCUUUGAGCAGGACAGGCCAGACUCCAGCAUCUACUACCUGAUCAGGAGUCCUCUGGCGUGCAUCACGCCCGAUGUAGUGGAAGCCACAUGCGGCUGUCUCCUCGCCCAGGCUGAAGAGGCUGAGAAGGAAAGAUAUCAAGAAUGUGGAUUUUAUGGACGUGCACAGUGAUAUUUUUACUGAUGAGGGAGUAUCAUUGCAUUCAGAAGACCACAUUAUCCAAGAACUGGG